ACAGAAUGUUGGUGUACAUGUAGCUUCGAUUCGAUGGAGAGCCAUCACGAAGGAGUCGGUCAGCUGAGCACUCAGACUCACAUAUCUGUUAAAUCAUGCAACGAGACUCUGAGACAAGCCCAAGGUUACACGAAAACUUUCGAAGCCUUCUCGUCUCAGUGCUCGGACGAGAAAAUAGUACAAUUCUUCAAAUGUAGCCGACGAGCCUGUGAUUUCACAUGCGAGGACAAAGAAAGUUUCUAUUGCCAUCUAUUAACUCACAACGAGUAUGAAGAGCAGGACUGUUGCAUUUAUUGUGAGCGAGUUUUUGUUAUUGAGAACCUAGCGCAACACAUGGUUUCCCAACAUGGGAACCGGAGAUUUCAAUGCAAGCGCUGUUUCUACCGCGGAUGCACUCGAGCCCACCUCAUCAUUCAUAGUCUCAACGUUCACGCAAGCAAGGUCGUGCAAGGUUUGGCGUGUCCGCGUAUGUCAGGUGCCCUGAUGCCAGAUGUGAAGCCGAGAGCUAGAACCUUACUUUAUAGGUGCUCCCUCUGCUCGUUCCGGGCUUUCGGACGGUCUGACUUCUGUUCCCACCUACGCGAUUGCCACCCUUACGCGCAGCACUUCUGUUGUGCCUACUGCAAACACACACUCGACGCAACGGAAUUCGUCGAGCAUUUCUCGAGCAUACACAACUUCAAGGACCUCACAUGUUUAUAUUGCGGAGCGACUUUCUCUGAUGAUCAGGAAGCUUUCCUCCAUAUGGUUGAACUCCAUAGCGAUUGGCCGAUCAACAUUUUGGAUAGAAACUCGAAUGAUGUAUACCAAACCAGCGUGGAACUCAGCCAUAGCUCGCCAGAGGUGGAAAGGACGUCCGAAGAAACCAUCCUCACUCAAUAUCCCCACCAAUGCGCUCAAUGUUCAGCGGUAUUCGCCUGCAACGAGGCGCUCCGCAUGCACGACUGCCCCGCGUUGGGUCCCUCGACGGGGACGACAUCGACAACGACAGCGAUGGCACCCACGAUGAACUCUGCUCCCAAGCAGAAUACCUUUCCUCCCGUCACGGUUUCGCAAUCAAAGCGGUACAGUGCCGCCCCGAGAAGUGUCCUGGAAAAACGCAAAAAGGAAACCAACGGUAUUUUGUCGACGACGGAAGAUCAUCCGAAGCGAAGCUCCAUAUCAAGGAGGAAAAAGAAGUCUGAAUGCAUUGCGGAACCGCCGCUCCCAAUGAUCGUGCAGAAACCGGUCGCUUGCGCUGUCUGUAGCAUCAGAGGAUUCCGAUUAGAAUACUCAACGAGAGAGGAACUCGCUCUCCACAUGUUAGAAGAGCACCGCUGUAUUUAUAUUUGUAACAGGUGUUUCCAUGGUGAAGAGAAAUUCAAAAAUCUGCAGAACCACGUCAAAAUGUGCGAGGGGGCCGUAGAGAAAGAUAUUCUCACCAUUAAGAAUGGAAUUCUGCAAACAUCGUCGAAAGUCAAGAUUGAGAAACACCACAAGGACAAAUCCAUCGCGAAAACGGAGCGUCACGAGAAGGAAAAGCACGAGCCGGUCGAAUACAAGAGUUACUACGGCAGGCCGGUUGAGGCCGUAGAUGACGCGGUCGUCGUAGUUUGCGAGGACGGGUCACGUUUCCCUAUGAAAACAUUUCUCCUCCUCGUGCCCCAACAGAGAUUAGAGCUACAGAAAUGCACCUGGGAAGAAAUGCGCCGAUGGGGGGCUGUGGAUUAG